AUGGCCAGCUACAACACCUGUACAGAAGUCGCGCCCUUGUGCCCCGUCGAAGCUACAACCUACGGCUACUACCCCAACUAUGGUGGUAACAUUUUCUUCACAGUCUUUUUUGGCCUUUGCGGCGUAUUUCAACUCGGUUUCGGCAUCUACUUCCGCUCGUGGACCCUGAUGGUGGCACUGGUGGUCGGCACGUUUCUCGAGAUGGCGGGCUAUAUCGGUCGAGUUCUGAUGAAUAAAAAUCCUUGGGAUGGUGGCGCGUUUAAGUUGCAAAUUGUGGCGAUUAUCCUGGGGCCAACGUUCAUCGCGGCGGGCAUCUACCUCACCUUGAAGCAUAUCAUCCUUUCCCUGGGACCGGAACACUCGCGCCUCAAACCGAAAUUGUUCACCUGGAUCUUCAUCGGCUGUGACAUUGGGUCUCUGAUUUUGCAGGCUGCCGGUGGUGGUGUGGCGGCAGCUGCUGGAAGUGAGCAACGGGAUCUUCUUAAUGCGGGAAAUGACAUUAUCAUCACGGGUAUAGCGUUCCAGGUCGCGACCAUGUCCGUCUGUGGAGUGUUAGCUCUGGACUUUUUCAUCCGUUAUCUUCGGCGGAGCUCGGGAGAGAAGGCACUGGACAGUGGGAAUGGACGAAGCCAUAUCAGGCUGGUGGUUAUCGCAGAUAUCUUUGCCUACUUUACCGUCCUAAUUCGGUGUAUCUAUCGUAUCCCGGAGAUGGCAGGCGGAUGGGGAAACCCCUUGAUGCAACGGGAGGACGAGUUUCUGGUUCUGGAUGGAAUGAUGGUUGCCUUGGCGGUAUUGUCCCUGACAGUUUUCCAUCCCGGACUCUUCCUCCCAUCAUUGAGGAAGGGUAACAAAAACGUGCAGGCCGCCUGA